AUGGCCGACCGAUACUAUCAAUCCGACGCCAAUGGCUCAAUCAACGAUUCCGCCGCCCAGAUUGACGUAAUCUGUGGCCCUCUCCUCAACUACAAAGGCAUGGACUCCUCCCAUUCCGCCUCCAUGUGGCGCGGCAGUGUCUUGGUUGUCACCAAGCCCGGGUCGCCUCAGCCACGUCUCCUGUUGCGCUCCCUUGGUCCCGCCGCCGCUCCCCAUGCGGAGACCCCCAACAGCCAGCCCGUCGCCAUUGACGGUCUCCGGCUGUACGAGGAUCCCCAGAAGGCCUUCUGGCGAUUCUCCCUCAAUGUCCCCCAGGAAUCAUACGAGGCGCGCUGGGAGUACAACAUCCCGGGCUUCCGAUAUGCUGAAGGCCAGGAGCUCCGCCGCCCCUGGGAUUUUGUCGUCCCCUCCAUCAACCAAUCCAUGCGUCUCAUGUUCCAUUCCUGCAAUGGCUUCUCCGUCGGCACCGACAUGGACGCCUGGAUCGGUCCCAACCUGUGGAAUGAUGUCCUGCGCGUGCAUGCCCAAAAGCCCUUCCAUGUCAUGAUCGGUGGCGGCGAUCAGAUCUACAAUGACGGCAUCCGCGUCGACGGGCCCCUGAAGGAAUGGACUUCCAUCGGCAACCCCCACAAGCGGCGCACGCACGACUUCAACAACUCCAUGCGCGCGCGCUGCGACGACUACUACUACGCCAAUUACGUCCGCUGGUACAACACCGACCCGUUCAAGGCCGCCAAUGCCCGCAUUCCCCAGAUCAACAUCUGGGAUGACCACGACAUCAUCGACGGCUUCGGCUCCUACACCGACCACUUCAUGCGCUGUUCCGUCUUCCGCGGCAUCGGUGGCGUCGCCUUCAAGUACUACUGCCUCUUCCAGCAUCACGUCGCCCCGCCCUUGUCGACCUACACCACCGACGCCCCCCAGACCAUGCAGGCCAUCAAUGGGACGGCCGGCGCCGACCCCCGCCAGCUGGAGAACACCUUUGUCCUGGAGAACCAGCCCGAGGACGACAGCUGGAUCGUCGGCAAGCGACCCGGUCCCUAUGUCGAAGAGAAGAGCCGCAACCUCUACAUGCGUCUCGGGAAACGCAUGGCGUUCAUCGGAGUGGAUGCGCGCACCGAGCGGACCCGCCACCAGGUGAACUACAACGACACCUACGAUCUCAUCUUCUCUCGCCUGGAGCGCGAGGUCGCGGCCGCCAACGGGGAAAUCAAGCACUUGAUCGUGCUCCUGGGCGUGCCCAUCGCCUACCCCCGUCUGGCAUGGCUGGAGAACAUCCUGAGCUCGCCGGUGAUCGCGCCUAUUCGUCUGAUGAACAAGCGGUUUGGGUUUGCCGGUGGUCUUUUCAACCAGUUCGAUGGCCAGGUCGAUCUUCUCGACGACCUGGACGACCACUACACCGCCCGUCAGCACAAGCGGGAACGCCGCCUUUUCAUCCAGCGUCUCCAGGAUUUCUCCGCCGCCCAUUCGGCCCGAGUCACCAUCCUCGGUGGCGACGUCCACCUCGCCGCCAUCGGUCGCUUCUACUCGAACCCCAAGCUCGGCAUCCAGAGCCAGAACGACCCCCGCUACAUGGUCAACGUCAUCAGCAGCGCCAUCACCAACAAGCCGCCGCCCAAGGCGGUGGCCAACCUGCUCGCGCGGCGGAACAAGAUCCACCACAUGGACCACGACACCGACGAGACGCUGAUGGACAUGUUCGACCAGCAGCCCGGCGGCCAGGAGAAGAGCGCGGCGUGGAACAAGGUGACGAUGCCGUCGCGCAACUAUGCCUGCAUCACCGAAGUCGACACGCCCGAGGUCAACGGGGCGACCGCGGCAGAUAGCUCGGUCGUCCCCAUCCCGAAGGACGGGCACUCGCCUCUGCAUAAGGGCGAGGCCGGCGCGGGCACACAGCAUGCGGCUGCGGACGGCAUCAGCAGCAACAGUGGCAUGUUUGGCGGUCUGGAUGUGGCCAUCCGCGUGGAGAUUGACCCGCAGAACCGAGAGGGAGCGACGGACGGAUAUGGAUUCAGCAUCCCGCCGCUAGUGAACGUAGCCGCACAGCCCAGUGAACGACCCCGUUCGCAUGGCAAUAUAUCUCUCCGUCCGUCGUCACGACACCAGUCCUCUCAUCGGCCUCAGACGGCCGUUUAA